CGUCCCUGCUAGUUUGUCAAGUUUCGCUGUGUCAUGUUAUAUGAUGGCUGAGGGAAUCAACAGUUUUGCGUACAAAUACUGCUUGUCUUCUCUUGCCGCCACUGUUGCAGAGACAGGUAUAAAUAGUGUUGGUUGUCAUAUCUUUAAGAGACAAGUUAGAAUACUUACGUGGCACAUAUCACAUGAUAUUAUCUGAUCGUGCUGCUUCUGCAGGGGAAACACUCUUCGAGCCACAACAGUGUUUUCAACUAAAGACUUGAAUUUAUUUACUCCAAUUCUAAACCUCGACUAGCUGUGAAAUUAUGUUUUUUAAUAAAUCAUAUAUAUAGAUAUCUACAUGGAAAUUUCAAAGAUUAUUUUUUCAAGUCUAAUCCUGAAUUGUUGAACGAGAACCUAGAAUUGAAUUAAAACCGACCUUUGAUCUUCACGUUUAGUGUAAAUUAAAUUCUAUACUUUGUUGACUAACAACGCUUUCUUUCAAUAUCAAGUUAGUUUAUAGUUAGUCGUAUCGGUAAAAGUUAAUCGUUCAUGAAUCUAAUCAUAUUGCUUUUCAAGAAUUGAAAUAAUAUUUUGUGGUUAUGGGGACAAACAAGUUAAAUGUUUAAUGUUUCUUUAAAAAAAGGUUGAAAAUAUAAAUUUAUAAUGUGUUAAGUUUUCUUCCUUUGUUCUUUUAAAGAGACUCACUCAAAUAAACGAACAAUAAAAGUCACUUCAAGUUUAUUUCAUGUCAAGUUAACAGCUGCGAGCCAUAACUCAAUCAACAGUUUACUAGAAAAGAAGAAGAAUAGAACAUUUUCACGUGAUGUGACAUUCUUUAUAUGAACCUUAUUUUUAACUACUGUUUAUUUGGAAAGACUUUAAAUUAAGAACUUUAUAUCAACAAUUCAUAUGAUUAUGAUUUGCAAGUGACAAGGUCCAGGCUCUGAGGUUUAAUAUAGAAUAUUGUUCCUUGGACUCAAAACUUGUCAGAGAAUACAGGCUGUUUUUCUUUUUAUUUUGUGUAACAGUGCUAUAUUUUCACUUAAUGCAAGAAUGCUGUUUUAUAAAGCAGGUGGCGUCCCACUACAUUGCUUGCAGCUCUCUUGCAUUGAGCUUUUAAUUUGAGUUUUUAAUUACAUCACCAACCAGCUGUGCACAGCGUUGGUACUCUUAAAAAUUUAAAUGUGUCCAUCUUUGGCAUGCCUUCUAAAACCUUCAUCCUAUUUCACAACAAAAUUUUUGAAUUCCCCCACUGUGUUUCAGACUAGACCAUUGGAGCAUGUUCAGGCACAUAUAAUUUCCCAGAUAGUCUGGAUCAGAAAAAACCUUUGUAAACAUUAAUUUUGAGAAGGACUUCACAUUGCACUCAAAGUGCUCUUCUUAAGACAUUAGUAAAAGUAAAGAAGAAUAUGAGCCUUCUCAAAUCACACUCUUUUUCAGACUGUAACAGUUAAAAGCUUAAAAACCAUACCCCUUGAUGCUGUAAAUAACUGCACAGCUGAAAAAAGGGAGUGCUCUACCGAUCCUCCACCGUUCCGUAGUCUCCUAUGCAGACAUUCUUGGGGCUUUGUCAUCCAUUCCUCGUCUGUGUAGCAGACUUACCCUAGCUGGGUCUGGUGAACCCUUUAAACCACAUGCUAGACCAAUAAAUGAUUGCUUUUGUCAUUAAAUCCCUUCAUACAAACAAAUCUCCCAUGAUAAUAAAACAAAUGUAAGUAAACUCCCAAGAUGUGAGGAUACCAUUUUUGCCUACAGAAAGGGAUAUGUUACAGUUGUUAGAUAGUAAGACUGGUGGUUGCAUUUUGCUCAUUUACAGACUACUUUGCUGAAAUUUUGACAUUAUUUUUGAAUUUUAUUUUUUAUAAGUGACCUUUCCUCUCGAUAUCACCAAGACCCGUCUUCAGAUUCAAGGAGAAAGGGCAUCGACUGUUUCUUCCACAACAGCAACAAAUGUCCCUUACCGGGGUAUGGUAAGGACAGCAGUGGGUAUAGGUGAGUAUACUGAAGCUACAGCCAGAGGUAGAAACAAUAUUUCUAAAAAUUACACCAGAAUUAUAAGUGGUAUGGAUAUAUUUCAGUCAUAUACUUUAAAUGUGAAGAUAACACAGUGUUUAAGAAAAGCAGAUUGGAUGAAUAUUGCUUAAUGGCACAGUAUUAAUUAAAAGUGUGAUCUUCAUUGUUUUGUGGACAGUUGAAGAGGAAGGAUUGGUUAAUCUCUGGAGUGGUGUUACACCUGCAAUAUUAAGACAUGUUGGUAAGUUUAUCUCACCAAACACUAUGACGUUAUUUUUUUCCUAUCCUGCAUCAGCUCACUGUAAAUAUAAGAAUUAAACCUUCCACCAAUAAGUUCUCUGGGCAGAUGUCCAUACAUUUUCUUGAAAUAUUUGUUGAGAGAAUCUGUUAAAAAGAUCAAGCAACCUUUCAGCUUGGAAUUGACAGAUUUAUACCUUCUGUUGUGUGGGUUUCAAACAACGAAUAAAUAUUAAGAAAAAUUGAUGUUAGUCACCCUUAGGACUUGAAGGGUCAAUGGCCCGGGGGGGGGGGGACUUCCUUAUAAGAGGCUAAUGGGAAUGUGCCGCUCGAUGGGAUUGACAACUGGGUUGACUAUAAUGGGGUCGCAUUUUCAAUAGUGUUACUAGAAUGGGGUCGCACAUUUUCGGAUUUUUUGGGGUAAGACAGUUCUUUAUAUAAUUAGCAAACGCACUAGAAUGUUUGUAUUUUAGGUUAAAAAAAAGUGUUUUUCAUUCCAUUUAAAAAAUGGGUCAAUUCAUAAAAAUAGAAAGUGAUUAAGUUGGGAUCAUAAAAAUUACAUAUUUGCCCAAAAGUGACUAAGAUGGGUUCUAUAAUUGGCCACAAAAUAGACUAUAAUGGGGUAGUCAUGUUGCUGAGAGCCCAGUGGCACAUACCCUGCAAAAAUUAACCCAAGUACUCCCCCGGGGUUAAUGGAUCUGAUCAAGAAGGACUUCACUGAAAUGGUGAAAUAAUAAUUAUCAGAGUAUACUCAUAAAAUGAGUGCAAUUUUUAUUGUCUACUGACUUAACUUCAACACAACCAUAACUCUCAUACCUUGAAUGCAGACUAUAAUAUGACUACUGUUUUACUCAAAUAAACUCUGCUUCUAUUGAGCACACCCAAGAAUGAGCACUGAAUUUAGAACAAAAAAGUUACUUAUAAUAAGUUCCGACCGUUGAAUAAGUGGAAUUCAUGCGUUGAUCGUAAUUCGUCCCUUAGUUUACACUGGUUCAAGAAUGACUGCAUAUGAAUUUUUGCGGAACAAAGUUUUACGAAGAAAUGCUGAUGGGAGAUUUUCUUUAUGGUAUGUAAUUAUAGUCAGGUGACAGGUUAUGCAGAGCUUACUGGUUUUUUGGCUUGGUUUCUAUGGACUAAUUUAUUCCUAGAGUGGUUUCUUUUUGUAAAAGGUGGGUAGGAAGAAUAGAUUUCCUCCAUCCAAAUAUGCCACUAAUUGUUUUCUCUGUUGUACUGACUCGCUGCCCCAUGUGCAAAACUAGUUCAGUGCAAAAAGCAGCAUAAUGUCAUGAUGGGGGUUCAAAACCGGCUACUUUGGAUUCCUUGGUGUUAUUAACUUUGUUGCCCUGUGAUACCACGGCAGAAUUAGCUCAGUUGGUAGAGUGCUUGACUGCAGAGCAGGAGGUCACGGCUUCGAUUCUCUGGGUCAGACCAAUACUCAGGGUCUUAAAACAACUGAGAAAUGAAGGUAAUACCUUUGCCCUGCAAAUGGCUAGACCUUCGCGUGGCUUGGAUGACCAUGUAAAAUGGUGCUCCCAUCUCCAGUAUGAGGUAUUAAUAUAGUGGUUCCAAUUAGCACUUUUGUGCUAGAUACAUUGACACUCAAAUAAAGUGCAUAUAUAUAUACCUUUAAUUAUGAGACAGUGUAAACAUGAAGUAAAACUUUUGAUGCUUAAUAGGUGUUCCUCUGUUCAGUUUGAGGAGCUCCUCUAGGACUAGCUCUGGCUAAGCAGGAGCUCUGUUAUAACAGCUAGUAAAGGAUUUCUUAUUAUAAAUUUCUAUAGGAAAUCAGUAAUAGCAGGGAUGACGGCUGGUGCAUUUGGACAGUUUAUUGCCAGUCCAACUGAUCUAGUCAAGGUUCAGAUGCAGAUGGAAGGCAAGAGAGUUCUUAUAGAAGGGAGACAACCUAGGUAUGUAGCUCAUAGUACUUGCUAAGGUUGUCUUUCAAAGGGUACUAAAAAUUUAUAAUUUAUUAUACAAUCAAUCUUCUUAAUGAAUAUAGAUGUUACAGGGAUGAAGUCAAGUGUCCAUUGGGGCUGUCAGAAACGGCCGGGAGGAGGAAAAUCCCUCGGCCACUAUGAGCAUGAACCUCAGCUCAGCCUCAUGGAAAACAAAAGGAAAUAUAGAACCAAGCUCAGCUGUUCAAAUACUUGCCAGGGAUCAAGAACUGUCUUUGAUGUACUGUUGUUUGUAUUAUGGAGGUGUCUGCAGUGAAGAGAAGUGCAACUGCAUUUCGCCACUCUAAAGGGGUAGAUCAAGGAAAAUGUAGCCUCCUCCGACGCCUCCUCCACAGGCAACUUCUAUUGUAACAGUUGCACUGACUAUGAGAAGUGUGAGAGUGAGAAAAUGAGAAAAGAAUUGGAGGAGGAGUCACAGUCACUCCCCAAUCUUCCACCCCUUCUCUAAAACAGGAAAGUGAUGCAUGCAGAGGAGUCUGUUAAGGAUGUUGGCUUUGGGGGAGAUCGGAUAAAUUUUGGGGGAAGAGGUCAGUAUCUGAAGUGGGGAGGGUACAAAGGUAGCUGGGGACCUCACCUGAGUUGUACCCCAAGUUUAAUGAGUUUAAGAGGAUUUGAUAAUCUGAAAUGUGUUGCAGUAACAUCUGGAGGUGAAACUAAAAAUGUAAGGCUCACCUUGUAGUUAUGGAUAAUAGUCCUUUUAUUCUUAGACUGUAACUCAUGAUGUCAAGAAGUGCAAAUUUUAAUGCUAUAAAUGUUUAUUCCAUGUAAGCAUGAUUUAUUUUUCACAUUUUCUAGAAACUAAUGUAACGUUAAUUCAAUACCUUCCUAGGGUUCAUAACACCAAACAUGCUUUUUUAAACAUCAUCAAUAAACAUGGAGUGCGAGGUCUUUGGAAAGGAUGGGCUCCCAAUGUACAAAGAGCAGCUCUAGUAAACAUGGGAGGUAAGCUGACACCUUAGUUAUAAUCCUUGUAAUUACACAACUUUAUUCAUUCAUUUCUGUAGAAAAACUUUAAAAGGAAAACAAAGUCAAUUUGUGGUAGUGUUUGUCAGUGAUCCAAAUUUUGUGGUAGCUCAGCGUACAUCUGUCCUUCAGGCCCCAGUUGUUCAAACAUUGGAUAGCACUGUCCACGGGAUAAAUCACUAUCCAAUGGACAUGUUGGGGAAACCAAUACACUAUCCACCGGAUAGAGAUUUUUCCGGUCAAUAGCAUAAUCCACUUUUUGAACAAAGGGGCCAGUUGGUGAGAUGUAUAUGUAGGAGAUAAUUAGGACACCUUGUCUGAUUGAUGACAUUUCUCUUUAGCCCACUGAGGUAUUUUCAGUUCCUUUCUUUCGCUGUUAAAUGUUUUUAAUACGAUUGUUUAAUUUUUUUAUCAACAGAUUUGACAACUUAUGAUACUGUAAAACAUUUACUACUCAAUCACACAAGUUUACAAGACAAUUGGGUCACUCACACAAUUUCAAGGUCUGCAUGUUCUAAUAUUUCCUGAAAAUUGCAUUUAAUCAGCUCUUUGAACUUUUUAAAUUUAGUUUGUAAAUAUGGGCAUUGCUUCUAUGAGUUAAUGCUAGCGAGGAAGAAUGUAAACAAUGACGUCAGCAAGAGUUGCCUAUUGUAGCUGAAAGGUUUUGGCCAUGAAUAUUGCAACCAAGACACAAAGUGAAUGGAUAAUAAAUCUGUGCUGUUUGAAAAAUUCAUUUUUCAGUGGUUGUGCAGGGCUGAUUGCUGCAACCAUCAGUACUCCAGCAGACGUUGUAAAAACAAGAAUUAUGAAUAAUCCAAAAGUGUACAGAGGGAGUCUUGACUGCUUCAUGUGUGCUGUAUGUAUAUUAUGAUUCACUUAAUAAUAUUAUUAUUUUAUCACCUAGGCUCACUUUCUUUUCUGCUUGAGUCAACAAUAAUAAUUAACAAAAAUGUACAUUUGUAAAACAGAGGGAAAUAUAAGAACAAAGUUAAACUGACAGCCGCCUACCAACUUCUUACUCCAUACAUACCUACGAGGUAAUCACCAGCGUAAGAUACCUUCCCUCACCUACCUACUUAAUGCUCAGUACCCUUCCAACCUGCCCUUCCUGCCCACCUCGCCAACCUACCUAUCCAUCCUACUUACCUUCCUGCAUGCAUCCCAUCCACUUAUUACUACCCUCUGAUUCCACUUCCCACCCCACCACCUACACUUCAUACCCCAUCUAAAUUACCAACCUAUGGAACAUUAUUAAAUGACUGGACAUCUUAUCCCUGUUUUAGAGAACACUUUGAUGAUUUUCAUCUUAACAAUUGCCAAAUUGCCACAUAUUUUUCUACCCACCCUAUUGGCUGACUUAAUAUAUACCUAUCUUCUGUACCCAUGCACACUACCUAAAUCUAGAGGGAAGUUAAUAAUUCAAUCUAUACUGACACAAUCUAUAUUUUUCAUACCUUAGGUUCGAGAGGAAGGGUUUUUAUCCUUGUACAAGGGAUGGCUUCCAACAUGGAGUAGAAUGGUAAGAAUGUCAAAAUGACAUUAGCAAAAACGUUCCUACCAUGUCGCAGGGGAACAAUAUCAAUGAAAGCAGUAGUAAAAAACGAUUAUCAGGUCCAAAAGGAAAAUAUCUAAGCACCAAGACAGUACAUCUUAUUGAUUUUACUAACAGUUGAGAUCCCUGGUGUGCUCUGGUGGCUGUCGUAGAAAUGUAUUUGUGUCAUUGUUACCAGUAGUUUUAAUUUGCAAAUCAAGCAAACCAUGACCGCUUUUUAUAAUCAGUUUUAGCGUACAAUGUUACAUUCACAACAUAGUCCUAGCACCCCUUAAAUACAACCGGUAACCCUAUUUGACCACCAUUGCUUGAAUUUGCUACACUUUCACCUUAGCAAGGCCUAUUAACACCUUGUUUGUUGUUGUUGUUGUUUUUCAGGCUCCCUGGUCACUCACAUUCUGGCUUGUGUACGAAAGAAUUCGAAACCUUACAGGAAUGGCAGGAUUUUAACUUGCAGAGUUGUUCUCUUACGCAUUGUUGUUAAAAUCAUAAUAAUUAUCAUGUGACAGAUAUUGAAACUCUGAUGUGGAGAGAUAGCAGUGGGAUAGACAAAGGGCAACCAUGUACCUUAUAACCCACCUGUACAUACGUUUUUCCAAGUAGUUUAAUGUCAUUUUAUUUGGGAAGUAAGAGUCAAAGUUUACAUAAAAAAAUGUAAGGGUCAUCAAACAUUCAAGUUGUAAGGUACUAUAAAAACCUUCAUGGGAGUUAUUGUACAGACUAUUUUAAGAUUUUCAUAUGAACAUAUUUAUUGAUGCAUGGCAUUAUCGAAUUUGAAAAAUAAUUUACAUGAAUUCAAAGAGAGAUAUC